UAGUAUUUAUGCAAACGCAAAACUCUGGCGAGGAUUAAGUUAGCUCACAUAAAACGCGCUGCCAAUCAAAACGAGAUACGACAGCAAAUAAAAACAUUGAAAUUCAAUCAACAACAGCAACCACAACAACAACAAUAACUGCCAUGAAGAAGCGACAACGCAUAACCGGCCACGCAGCUGGAACACCAAAGACGACAACAUUUGCCACUUGUUGUUUGUGCUUCCGCGUUACGUCCGCGACGGCACGCGUCGAGCGGUUGCACCUACUCGGCUCGUGGCUGCCGCUGCCGCUGCUGGCGUUGGCGAUCUUCUCAACAUUUGCCGGCUGCUCGGCCAUUGGCUAUUCCUAUACGAGAUUUGAGGGUCCGGUGGCGGGGCCGGAGCGACUGGUAGCCGUGCCCGAUGCCUAUGGCGGUGGCACGCACUCCGACUAUGUGGCACGACCCGAAUAUAGCUUCGCCUAUGGCAUCGAAGAUGGUCAGACGCGUGUGCUGCAGAAUCGCAAAGAGACGCGCAACGGCGACGAGGUGCGCGGCGUCUACAGCGUAGUCGAUCCUGAUGGCACCCUGCGCGUGGUCAAAUACACAGCGGACGACACGAACGGCUUUCAGGCCGAGGUAAUCACAAAUGGUGUUGCCACACUCCAUGGCCAUGGCAGCGAUGCUGGUGGCGUUCAUGUGCAGCAGCAAGUGGAACACGACCAGGCCAACGAAGUGCAAGGGGAGGAAGACGAUGGCGAUAAUAGUGCUGGCACGCAGCAGCAGGGGGAGGAGGCCGAGGAGGAUGCGGAGGAAGAGGCAGAACCCUUGCCAGCUGCACCACAAAAGGGCAAGGGUCAGUAUAAGGUGCAUGAGGACCAUGACGAAGAUGAUGAGGGCGAGAAUGAGGACAAUGAGAACGAAGGCGGGGGCGAUCAUGAGGAAUACGAGGGCAGCAGCGAGGAGGGCUACGAGGAUGCGAAUACGCAUAGCCAGCAGCAGCUGGAGGAUACGGACAGCAGCGAAGAGUAUUAGGAGCGAUUAAAUAUACCGCAAUAUACCAGACUAUGUACACAUAACGUAUAUAUAACUUUCGGUAUUAUUGUCGUACUAAUU